UUACUAUAUUUUCUCGUGUUCACAGAAACGAAGAGGUAAUAAUGGCAAGAACCAAGCAGACUGCUCGUAAGUCUACCGGUGGCAAAGCCCCGAGGAAGCAGCUGGCCACCAAGGCUGCCCGUAAGAGCGCCCCGGCCACCGGCGGUGUGAAGAAGCCUCACCGUUACAGGCCCGGUACCGUGGCUCUGAGGGAGAUCCGUCGCUACCAGAAGUCUACGGAGCUGCUGAUCCGCAAGCUGCCCUUCCAGCGCCUGGUCAGAGAGAUCGCUCAGGAUUUCAAGACCGACUUGCGCUUCCAGAGCUCCGCUGUCAUGGCUCUGCAGGAGGCCAGCGAGGCUUACCUGGUCGGUCUGUUUGAGGACACCAAUCUGUGCGCAAUCCACGCCAAGAGGGUCACCAUCAUGCCCAAAGACAUCCAGCUGGCCCGUCGUAUCCGCGGAGAGAGAGCUUAAACUGUCUGCUCCUGUACAAACCACAACGGCUCUUUUAAGAGCCACC